AAUUCCGUAUGCUCGAAAUCAUUUGUCACAUUACUGGUAGUUAGAGGAUAACUUAAACCCAAUCUUGGGUUGAGAGUACCAUUGAGUAAAAUGAUUUUGGAGGACACGGUCAAGUAUUUGCGUAGUGCGAAAACGCCAGAGGAUGUCGCCAACUGGAAACUGGUAUACAAUUUCAUCAUCGAAACGAAAUACUUUCUGGAACAUUAUGACAGCAUCAUCGAAACGUGGGAUUUGUGUGACAAGGAAUUUCUAAUGCUUUUAUGGGAGAUUGAAGAGUUGCUCACCGAAUUACUGUAUAAAUACACCACUGUUUCAACGGAAUAUCUCCGGCCUAUUACGUUACCAACGGUGGAAAUCAAAUGUUGUGAUAUUAUGUUCGAGAAAUCCUCCCAGCUCUACAAACAUUACUAUACCGUGCACCAUACUCCUGCCCGAUUAAAUGGUAUACGCUAUUGUGAGAUGAAAGCGGGAUUGCUGAAAUUAGAUUUUUAUCGUCGCAGUUUGAAAUACUACAUUGAAUUUGGAACCUGGGCCAAUCAUGUACUCUGUCUCUAUCUCAAGCGCAUCUAUAAAAAAGUGAAUCACACGAUGGAUCCAUUUCGGGAAUGAUACAAUUCGGCAGAUAACCUGGUCCAAUCAUGUGUGAUAAGUUGGGAAAAGCCUUUUGACUGUGUUUUAUAGCUCGUAGGAUGUUCGGUAAUAAGAAAUUGUUUACUGAAAAAAACAUGCUGUAUCACAAUUUUAUUUAUAAAAAACUGCGAAUGAAUAAAACAAUUAUUUUUCCUCACUACAA